GGAAGGGUGUGAGUGUUGAGUGGUUUCCUCUACUAUCUGAUGAUCUGAAACGGGAGUAGGAGAGUGAGGGGUGAGAAAGGCGUUUUCUCACUGGGUUUUUGUGGUAGACAAGAGAAGCCUACACAAAUGGUGAUGUGAAUGACAAAUGCCAAUGUACCAGGCUUUUUCGUGAGAGGGUGAAGUGCUUCACGUUGCUAUUUUGAAGAAGAAAAAAAAAAGAUCACACACCACUCGACCGACCAGCGCUGCAUCGCACACAACCGGAGAUAUGGUCAACAGCUCAACCGACAGUGGCUUGAAGGACCCACAUCUAACCACCAGCUCUCACUUCUCUCCUGCUGUCUUUCUCUCUUCCACAGCCAGGAUGUUAAGAUGCUCAUCCACUGCCUCCUCCCCUACCCUGCUCUGUCUAACCCUCUGGCCCCUGUGGAGCCUCCUGAUGCCUGCCUUCUGCCACCCUCACCACAGCCCCUGCAGACUGACCCAAAAGACUGCUCUCUGUAGCAACAGUGAGCUCUCAUCUGUACCUGGGGGCCUACCUGACAGCAUAGAGGACCUCCACCUGAACCACAACCACAUUCAGACCCUACAAGAUGACGCCCUCUCCCGCUACGUCUCCCUUCGUACUCUAAGCUGUGCAGACAACCGCUUGGAGACGGCAGGGUCCAAGCUCUUUCACAACUCACCUCAUCUAGAGAGCCUUAAUUUAGCUGCCAAUAACCUUCACGUUGGAUACCAGCAAACUAGCCUGGCGCUGCUCACCUUGUCUAGACUCAGAGUUCUGGAUCUGUCAGAAAACCAGCUUACAGAGGACAUGGUCUCCGUCCUCCUCCAGAACAUGACGUCCCUGGAGUACCUCAACCUUUCCAGGAACCUCCUGCUGAGGCUGGACGAAAGCUCCUUCAGCGACCUCCACCAGCUCAGAGAGCUGGACUUGCAGAGGAACAUGCUGUUUGAGAUUGACGGGUCCUUCGAUCACCUGCACAAGCUCCAGAGACUCAACAUGGCCUUCAACUACCUGCCCUGCCUGGUGCACUUCCACAUGACCCAGCUGGUGGUCCUCAACGCCAGUCACAAUGCCAUUGAGUGGUUCAUAGCCAACCAGGACCUCCAGGAAGUCUUCCAGCUGGAGACCCUGGAUCUCACAGACAACAACCUCCUCUUCUUCCCCUUUCUGCCCACCCACAGCCGCCUGAGGAACCUCCAUCUGUCCCAGAACAGGGUGAGCUUCUACGAACACCUGGCGGACACCGCUGCCUACCCCAACUGGAAAACCAGUGUCCAGUUCUACAACCUGAGGGGCAACAUGAGCAACGUCACGGCCCAGUUGUGGGAUGAGAGCCUGCAUGGGGACAUUUCCUCUCUAGACCUGCUGGAUCUGAGUGGAAAUCAGGUGGGCUACUUCCCCCAAGGGUUCAUCAGCAAAAUGCCAAGCCUGACCAGACUCAGGAUGUGGACAAACUGUCUUGAGGUCUUGAAUCUAACUCUGGAAAAGCUGCCGGGGACGUUGUACGAGUUGGACGUGAGCAACAAUAGGUUGACAGAGCUCCACGCCGACCAAGUUAGUUUGAGGAAGCUAGGCAACCUGAGCUUCCUGAACCUGAGCCAGAAUGACCUGCAGAGUCUACCUGCUCAGCUGUUGUCCUCUCUCACCAGCAUCAGCUCUGUGGAUAUUAGCUACAACAGAGUUGGCGUGUGCCCCCUUGAGGCAGGGGGUGGGGGCAUGGGUGUGGGAAACCAAUCAGACUGUGUCGUUUGGAGAAACAUCAUUUCUCUGAGACAUCUCCGCCUGUCAGGGUGCAACCUGGGGAGGCUGCCAUCAUCAGCGUUCGUAGGGACGCCCCUAACACACCUGGAGCUGUCUAACAAUCCAGAACUCGUCAUCGGGCCCAGAUCGAUAAUAGACCUCAGCAGAACUUUACACCAUCUAGGAUUGGGAAACACAGGCCUGAGACACUUUGACUUCUCUCCUUUCCGCCACUUGAAGUCUUUGAACAUUUCCCGGAACUCUCUUACUCAGCUCCCUGCUUCAUUGCAACGUCUGGAGCUGAGGCUGCUGGACCUGAGGGACAACAAACUGACCACCGUCCCCUCAGCUCAGGCUAACGUGUUAGCCACGAAACUCCACACAGUUUUUCUCAACGGAAACACUUUCAACUGCUGCCAGUUGGACUGGUACAGGACGUUCGAGAGGUCAAAAACUGUCACUAUCAUGGACCUCUCAGAUAUUUCAUGUCUGGAUCUGACCAGAAGGACACACAGAGUGGUGCUUAUAGACUCCCUAAUAUGUGGCGGUGGUGAGGGGGAGUCUGUGUACUGGUACAUCCUGCUGUUUAUCGUACCUGUUCUCUGUCUGGUUGGAAUGUCUGUCAUCUUCCUGCUCACCUUUAGGCCCAGACUGCUUCCCACGGCCAUUAAAAAUAAAUGCUGGAGUCACCUUCCCUGUGUUGUGGAAGAAAAGUCCAAUAAAGAAGACACUGGCCGUGUUGAAAUACCCAUACUAGAGUUCUAAAUAGAAGGCAUUUUUAGGUAUGCGAAAGUAGAACGUUUUAUAGCAAGUGCAAUUACAAAAAAAUGAGUGCUUUAAAUGCCAGAAUGUUAUGUUACUUUUGAGAAAGAUAAUCAUCUUUCCAGGCUCACCUGUGUUUGACAACAGCUGAUAAUGAGAUCAUUAUUUUAUUUAACUAGGCAGGCAAGUCAGUUAAGAACAAAUUCUUAUUUACAAUGACGGCCUACCCUUGCCAAUUCCUGGGCCAAUUGUGCACCGUCCUAUGAGACUCCCAAUCACAGCCAGAUGUAAUACAGCCUGGAUUCGAACCAGGUACUGUAGUGACACCGCUUGCAUUGAGAUGCAGUACCUUAGACCGCUGCGCCACUUGGGAGCCCAAGGGGACGCGCUGUACCAAAAUGAAUGAAUGGCGGGAAUCAAUGCAAUUGCACAUUAGAUGAAUCAUUCUCAGGAUCGAUGAGCCUAGUAUGUUGCUUACUGCAUUUUGUUUAUACUAAACAGUACGUAUGUAGUACGAUUAGUACACAGAAUGUAGUUUUAGUAAGUAGUAGGCAAGACAGAUUUUGGACACAGCCAUAGUCAUAAAUUACAAUUAUGUCAAAGUGUGAUGUUUUGCACAUACAGUAUCAAUACAAUUUCAAGGCAGAAACAAAUGUUUCCUUACAAAGCAAUUGAGUUUAGGUAAUUCAUAAACAAUGUCAUAUUACAUGUGGUGAUAUCUCACAUUGGAAACACUUAAAACGAACAUAUCCUGCUAAACCAGAUUACGAACUGCGUGUUACAAUGUUCAGCAGCAAGUCAACCUUUUUUUGCAUUGUGAUAAUCUGUAUGUGCUACGUGUGGCUGGUUCACACGAUCGCUGCCUCUGGGGGCCUGAAUGUGAGAAUAUGGCUAUACUCCACGUCUUUGUGUGCGUCUGUGUGUGUGCUGUGUGUGCAGAAGUUUUGUGAUGCAAACUGUUGCUAAAAGCAGCGGAGGAAACAUGACAUUUCCUGUUUUGCUGAGAUGUGCAUCAACUGCCCAGUUUUGUAUCUGACUCAGAAAGGACGGGUUGGCGGUUUUCACCUCAAGUCAUAUUUCUGAGGCACAGCUGCAACUCUGGUCACAGGGACCGCAAUUAUGCUGUUCUCUAGUAUUACACCAAUAUGCAUUUGGAUAACUACAUCCUUCAAAUGUACUAUGUGAAUUAUAUAGAGAUAUACCAUGUUUUAUAUUUAUGGUCAGUCCUAUAGAGGAAUACCAUGUUCUAUAAUGAACAAAAAUAUAAAAUGCAACAUGCAACAAUUUCAAAGAUUUUACUGUGUUACAGUUCAUAUAAGGAAAUCAGUCAAUUGCAAUGAAUUCAUUAGGCCCCUAAUCUAUGGAUUUCACAUGACUGGGAAUACAGAUAUGCAUGUGUUGGUCACAAGAUACCUUAGAAAAAAGGUAGGGGCUUGGAUCAGAAAACCAGUCAGUAUCUGGUGUGACACAUCUCCUUCACAUAGAGUUGAUCAGGCUGUUGAUUGUGAAAUGUUGUCCCACUCCACUUCAAUGGGUGUGUGAAGUUACUGGAUAUUGGCGGGAACUGGAACACUGGGUGACAGGUCUAGUGAGUAGGCAGGCAAUUGAAGUACUGAGAAAUGUUCAGCUUUCAGGAAUUGUGUACAGAUCUUUGCGACAUGGGGCCGUGCAUUACCAUGCGGAAAUUUGAGGUGAUCGCGGUGGAUGAAUGGCACGACAAUGGGUCUCAGGAUCUCAUUACGGUAUCUCUGUGCAUUCAAAUUAGCAUAGAUAAAAUGUAAUUGUGUUCGUUGUCUGUAGCUUAUGCCUGCCUAUACCAUAACCCCACCGCCACCAUGGGGCAUUCUGUUCACAAUGUUAACAUCAGCAAACCGCUCACCCACACGAUGCCAUACACGUGGUCUAUGGUUGUGAGGCUGGUUGGACGUACUGACAAAUUCUCUAAAACAACGUCAGAGGCGGCUUAUGGUAGAGAAAUUAACAUUCAAUUCUCUGGCAACAGCUUUGGUGGACAUUCCUGCAGUCAGCAUGCCAAUUCCACGCUCCCUUGAGAUAUCUGUAGUAUUGUGUUGUGUGGCAUUUAAUUGUCCCAAGCACAAGGUGCACCUGUGUAAAGAUCAUGCUGUUUAAUCAGCAUCUUGAUAUGCCACACCUGUCAGGUGGAUGGAUUUUCUUGACAGGGAUGUAAACAAAUUUGUGCAUACAAUUAGAUUUUUCUUUUUUUUUCAGCUCAUGAAACGUGGGACCAACACUUUACAUGUUGCGUUUAUAUUUUUGUUUAAUGUAUGUCCUGCCCUAUGAACACCUCUGGUUAUGUAUUUAAACAAGUAUUGUGCUUUUACUGUUUAAAACUGCUCUGUGACAAUCACUAUGCUCCAAUACAAAUAAACCCUGCCCAAAGUCAAGCACCAA